AUGCGGAAUAAUUCCUACUCAACAACACCGUUUACCAACGCGUAUCAAUCAUCAUCAUCACCAAUCUUCUGGUCACAUCCUCCAACCUUACAAACUCCACCACCGCCACCAUUGACGUUGAACAAUGGACCAACAUCCAUACAACAAUUUCUCAAUUCUGAUAUGCUUGCAUCUAUGUCACGAAGCAAUUCUCAGCCAGAUCUAACUGCAACAUUGAAUACAGUACCAUCAUCAGUCAAUCAAUUGACAUCAUCAAAGUCCAUGUCCGUUUGUUCCGAUGAUCUUUAUAUGGACAUAGCUGGUUGUAACAAUUCAAGUGUUGUUGACGACUUAUUUCUUGGAAUCGAGGCGGAUUUCAUCGACGAUACACGUUCAUUAUUCCAGCAAUUUGCCAAUCCUUCUAGUCCAUCACAAAUACCUCCACCGCAACGUAGUGCUCCUUCGUCACCAAAGCCACAAGCUAAACAUCGGACGACGAACAACGGAAAACAAUUACCAACAAAAUUGUGGUCAAAAAUGACCAGUUAUGAACAAACGUUAGCAACCGAAGAUCUGACACGUAUUAUUAACGAACAACUCGGACGACGAGAACAACUAGAAAUCAUUCGAAUUCUUCAGCCGGAUGGUCCACAACUACUACCACAUCAAACAGAAUUCGUUCUCGACUUUUCUGGUAUGAAUGAUGAAAAACACCGACGCAUUCGAAACAUAAUUAAAUUUAAUUUAAUCGGUGGUGGUGGCUCAUUGAAUGAUGAAAGUGAUGGUUAUUCGUCCUUGUCGUCGAAUAAGAGUGAUCCUCUAUCUCAACGGAUUGAAAAAGCGCUAAAAUUACGUCAGCGCAAAGAACAACGACAAGCAGCCAAAGAACAUCGAUCAGGUUUAUUCAACGCUCAACAUCAUCAAGUUCUCGAAUUGACCAAAUGCGAUGAAGAUAUUGAAGUGGAUAUCUUAUCGUAG